AUGAUGGACCAGGAAGAGAAGGAGGAUGGGGGCUCGGCCUCCUGCAACAAGGCAGGCUCCCCAGACCAGGAGGGCUUCUUCAACCUGCUGAGCCACGUGCAGGGCGGCCGGAUGGAGGAGCAGCGCUGCUCACUGCAGGCGGGGCCGGGCCCAGCCUCCGAGAGCCAGAGUGGCCCUGCACCCGAGAUGGACAGUCUCAUGGACAUGCUGGCCAGUACCCAGGGCCGCCGCAUGGAUGACCAGCGUGUGACAGUCAGCGCCUUGCCUGGCUUCCAGCCUGUGGGCCCCAAGGAUGGAGUGCAGAAACGAGCCGGGACCCUCAGCCCCCAACCCCUCCUCACCCCUCAGGACCCGACUGCACUCAGCUUCCGUCGAAACAGCAGCCCCCAGCCUCAGACACAAGCCCCAUGA